GUCUCCCAUCAGUGCGAAGAAGAAGCGGGGAGCAAGAAGCAAUAACAAACAAACAUAGCCGAAGCAAGCUAAUGCAAAGAGGGGAAACUUAUUUCAUGGGACGUCGUGUUUCUCUAACACCGACAUAUUAUUGAUUUAUAUUUCGAUAGCUGUGUCUGAAGAGAUGUACACGGAUUACAAAAAAGACGUACACUAAUCUGUGACGGGGAGUAAGUGUUACCUAACGUCUGCUAACACUAGCCAAACGUCAGCUAAAUUAAUCCUUCCAAUCGUUUUCCUGUUGAAUUAAAUAACUGUCCAAGAAAAAACAAGGCGAGUCGUACAUAUGAGACAACGGGUGAGACCACUGGAAUAAUUUAGAUUACAAUCGUCACUGUGCUGACAUCGGCAGGACACGGAGAUUAGUGCAACGACAAGCAACUGAAGAUGGUGCUCCAUAAUGUGGGGUGCAUGGGAACUCAAUUGAGUGUCCUUGUACUGGUUUUCUGCAGCAUACUGGUUUCCUCACCCACACACGCCUAUAUAUAUGCUCACUAUAGCAACAUGACCUCCAUGUUGUUUGAAGACCUACCUGCCUUGUUUGGAUCUUCACUCCCUAAGGAUGGAUUAAUGGGAGUUUUGGUGGCGGCCCGUCCUCUUAAUGGCUGUACACCUAUAGAACCUCCUCCUCCACUGCCAACAUCCUACGAUGCCAACACCACCAAAUUUGUCGUUCUCAUCAGACGCUAUGAGUGCAAUUUCGACAUUAAGGUUUUGCAUGCGCAGCAAGCUGGAUACAGUGCAGCAAUCAUUCACAACUUGUAUUCAGACACUCUGCUCAAUAUGAACUACAGCAACGCCACUCUUGCUGACCAGAUUGAGAUCCCCUCUGUAUUUACCAGUUUCUAUGCAUCCCAAAUUCUCAGGAAUUUCAUCAUUCCAGAACCAGGGGCUUAUGUGAUCCUCAAGCCGGAGUUUGCGUUUCCACUGUCAUACUACCUUAUUCCCUUCACUGGAGUUGUUGGCAUGAUUAUUCUUGUGAUGUGUGUCGUUUUGGUUAUACGAUGCGUGCAGUACAGAAAAAGACUGAGGAAGAAUCGUUUGUCCAAGGAACAACUGAAACGCAUUCCAAUACACAAGUUCAGAAAAGGGGAUGACUAUGAUCUGUGUGCAAUCUGCCUGGAUGAAUAUGAAGAAGGAGACAAGCUGCGUGUUUUGCCUUGUUCACAUGCCUACCACUGCAAGUGUGUGGACCCGUGGCUCACACAGACCAAGAAGACGUGUCCAGUUUGCAAACAGCGUGUCACUCGGAACAACCAAGAGCACUCUGAGUCCGAGUCCGAGGAGGAAACCGGAGGCCGUGGAGAGGAAGAAGGGACAGAGGGUGAAGCUGAUUCAGAGCGCACACCUCUGCUUCGGCCCUCCAACCCGGGGUCGCCCUCAGGGAGCCCAGGGGCCUAUUCAGCCACCACCACCACCACCACCACCACUGCCCAGUGCCUCGCCUCUCCUGCACACUGCGACUCACCCAUCGUGGCCUAUGAAGAUUACUACUCCCCACGGGAGGACACAGACUCAGAAAGCGAUGACACAGGAAACGACAGGCACCACACCGAUGAUGACACCGCUCAGCUCAUUGGUAGGGAUCGAGUGGAGAUCUGAUGUAGCUGCAAUGAGAUUACCUAGUUUUACUUAACAAGGAUCUUUCUAUCAUCAGGCGUGCUGUUAUUGCGCGCUACUUUAAAAUAGUUUGCAGAUUUGUGGUUAGCUUGACCUUUAGAAUACCUUCCACAUUUUGUUGAUUGUAAGAGAAUCUUUUACCCAUGAACCAGAGGAAGUCUGCUUGUAAGUGUCAAAGCACAUGUAGCAUUUGCAUUAACGGUUUUUAUCAAAAUCCAAAUUCUGUUUUCACUAGUACCCUUGUUGGUAACUGCACUUUUUUUUGAUGCAUGUUGUAAUUUAUAACUUCAUCAUGUCACAUGAACUAACCACUAAUGCUGCACAAAAUGAAUGGCCCACUUAAAAGUCCUUUUAAGCAAGAGUAUAACUCCUCUGUUGAACGUGUAUAGCCAAAUUUAUCACUCUCAAAGCAGAUUUCAAGGUUUUCUUAGUAAGGUUAGUGCAGUUUGAAGGCUCUGUGUUUUUGUCUUAAUCUUUUUAUAUGUGGGUCCUUUUACUAACCUUGGUCAUGUCCUCAAAAGGAUGUACAAGGGGAAGGAAAACAUGUUUGUUUGUUUGUUUGUUUUUUAUUUUAAAUUACUUUUACUCAACUUUUCACACAUUUUAAGUUGCAUUUCUAUUUUUUGUAAUAUAAAAUCCAUCUCAAAUUGAACAGUAAGUAACGCUAUAGUGGAAUAUUGCAAAGAUCUUACAUGAUUCUGCUGCUUGAACAUUGUUAUAUUGUUAAUGCUGAGUUGACAACACAGAAAAGGAUUUUUAGCUUUAUCCAGUUUGUCAAGCUGAACAAACUCAGGUUUAUAGCCAAAAAAAUAAAAUAAUUAAAGGUUACUUGUAAGCAAAUAAUACGAGAAAACAAUGUUUUUUGGACUAGUAAAUUGUUUUAGCUUUUAGUUUUUCUUGGAAUCUGUAAAACGUAGAUUCAGAAUUAUUUAAAUGAUUUUUCCAUUUUUAUAUCUAUUACAGAAUGAUAAGAAGGAACUGUGGAGCCCUUGAGUUGUGUUUAGGAAAAGGCAUUGCCUUACGUUGGCCUUGAGUUCAUGUGUUUGUUAAAUGUCUGGACACUGAAGGGACAAGACUGACACUCCUGUUUUACUGAUGUUUUACCCAUCCCGUCAAGCUGUACUAUCUACCCACUGGUUUGACAGCUUUUAUGGAAACUUGCUUCACCUUUAUUUGUGCUUUGAGCAAGAAGCAGAAAGCCAGUGAUUGUGCUGGUGUAAUCAAAUAGCCCGCAUAGUCCUGCUUGAUUUGCACGUGAAAAUUCUGACAAGCUCAGCAGUGAUCACACACGUUACUGUUUGCUUCUCCUCUUUAUAAGAUGUGUGUUGGCCUAAAUGCACAUUUUUAUGGACACUAACUUUACUGGGUGGAGAGAUUAAGUACUGUCAGAAAGGUGUUUCCUCUCUGGUAAUGUUAAAAUUCUGCUACCAGGGAUUCACUUUUGGUAAGUUCCUUUGCUAGAGGGUAAAAAUUAGAAGGAGGGCUGUGAAAUCACAACAUUCCACCUUUAUAUUUUCGUGCUGAUUGCUGAAGACUCCACACCAUCACGCUUUGAUCGGAACUUGUCUGCAUUGUAAAAUAAAACCAGAUGUUUUCCUAUUUACAGCACGCUUCAUUUAUCUUUAUGUACUGUACCCAGUUUGUUAAUGAGACUGUUGACAGAGACAAAUGGGAAAAUAUCAUUCCCAAAUUUAAAAAAUUUCCUCCUUCUUUUAGAGUGUGCCUAGAUUGUUACACUUCAGUAAUAAAUGUACAGUGUCAAGUGUAAUUCUUUUGUGUAUAUAAGGGUUGAGAAUCUUUAGGAUGUCCAAACAUGUUGUAUGGAAAGCUGCAUUUGUUGCGUGCUUUGGUUAAAUGAUAUUGAAAUGGGAUUGAGCUGCCAUUUAUUUAGAAAAUUACAUGAUCAUUCUUAAUAAUAAAGCCACAAUGGAAAAUA